GCCACACUCACAGUCAGUAGAUUAUACAACAAAACGGAUAGUUUAGUAAAUAUCUAUCCGUAAUUUAACAUUUGCUUUUGUAUUAAAGUGACAAAAACGGAUUAAAUAAAACGUACCAGACAUGAGCAGCUUUACGACAGUUUUCCAGAUGGCAAGGCAGCGGUUGAUAGCUCCAGCGAUAGGAAACUGGGCACGUUUUUAUGCCGCCAAACCAGCGCCGGCAGCGAGCAAGAAGAAGAAGCUUGGUAAGCUGGGACCCAUCGUGGAGAAGAAAGUGAUUCCCGUGGAGACCGAUGCCAACAAACUGGUGAACUAUGUGUGCGGCAGUAACUACCUGAAAACAGGAGAAGAUGUCAAGAUCAAACCAGAUGCGGAGUACCCCGAAUGGCUGUGGACGCUGAAUACGGAACGCAUUAUUCCUCUGGACGAACUGGACCCCAACUCCAAGCAGUACUGGCGCCGCCUGAGGAAACUGGCCUUGCGGCGCAACAAUCAGCUGUCCAAGCUCAAGAAGUUCUAGAACCUAUAGCCCUAGGUGUUAUUGUUGAUUUUGGAGACCCAGACCCAGACCCAGGCCCUCGAAGCGGCCCAUGUUGUUUGCGAUGCUCUCCUGAGCAACAAGUGUGCAAACACCAUGUUUUCUUUACUAAAAGCGAACUGCA